UGCCAUACUGUAUGGUGUCCAUCAUCUAUUUUUGUGUGAUAUUCCCUCGCUGAAUCAACGUGUUUUUGUGCUUUGUAGGUUAUAGAUAGUAUUAUUGCUGUGGAAGUGGAUCAAUCUGAAAAUUGUGGAAACAAGCCUGUGAAGAUGGCUUUGUAGUUGCAAAAUGGUACACCCACGCAUGCGGUGCCGGCCAACAUCUCCAGACGAAAAACAAGAAGAUACAAGAGCUCUACGAGGGUCUAGUACGGUCCCAUUAUAUGUAGCGUGUCUGUUAUUAUUGUAGGAUGAAAUAGCAGCAUGUGAUGUAGAGUUUUCAUCCGAAAUAUUUGCACUUUUGUUUACAUCAUAUUUCGAAUGCUUUCUCCUCCUCACACAGAUGUGCCAAUUCGCUGUUUCUAAAUCUCAAUUCGCUGAUUGCCCGUUUGUCGGUCCGUUAGGUAAUUGGGUGGUCCGACAGCCGUGCGAUUCUUAUCGCCUGUUUUGUACGCGAUGUUGUCUUUCUAGUUGCUAAACUUUCCAUCCUAUGUACACAGAGUCGAAUGCACGUGACCGCGUCACGUGAGCACGUGCGUGCGGUUAGUGGAGGAGAGAGCAGGGGCGGAUCGCGGCUCGAAUUCCGUCUCGAUUUUUACGGUAUCGACGAGGUCUUUCGCUAAACAAACACGCUAUAGUGAUAAACAUGCGUCUGCAUUCACAGUUGCUGCGAAAGAACCGCGACUGUUUUCGACCUCGUUGCCUGAUGGUCGUCAUUAUCUCAUUGUGAUUAUCGGACACCUGCUGGGCAAUGUGGAUAGCAAUUUGGUUAUUUGCGAGUGUCAAUUAGUAAUAAGAAUAGAGAGACGUCCCCGGCUAUCUGUUUACAUUGGAAAAUCGACUAAUGUGAUAAGCGCAGUGUGAACCGAUCAAGUAGCCACCUCGCUCGAUAAAUUUCCCCACUGUCUAUAGUUCCGGAGUAAAGUCAAUAAUAUAAUAUCGAAGUCGGAAUUUGUGCGAUUAUGGAAACGUUUGAUUCCUCGGUUGUAAACAGAGUGUACACGCCUAGAGGCGUUAGUAAGGACGCGUGGCAUCUAAUCAGGCAUACUCUGCACGUGUUCCUACUCACAAUUCUUCACGUCUGACUUGCUACACGCAGCCGUGCCGCUUCCGCAUGCUUUCGUGCGUCUGAAUCUUAGCGAGUCCGGCGCGUAUUUUAAUUGUUGGAAGGCCGAGAGGUCGACGAGUUGGCUAGUCCGGUUGAGAAGACGAGAAACGCGUGUCGCGGUUGGAGUCAUGGGUCAGGAUACCGCCUCACGGUCACGAGCAAUUAGCGUGCGCGAAUUCUGAUAGCUUGUCAAUUAGCAGAUUUUACUAUUGGCAAGUUAUCAUUGGCUGUCGAGUGGGCGGAUGUAGAUAUAAAUGGGAUCGGAUGAAGUAAUCUCAUCAACACUGUAGAAAGCUGUGAUGCUUGGCGGCCGGCAUUGUAGUUGUCGACUGACGCUAAAUUAGACAGUUUGAGCGAUUCGUUGAGUGAAAUAGCAGCUUGCUGCCGGUCGAGUGGAGAUGCAGCCCGAAAUGGAGUUCCUUUCCAGCACGAAUCAAUUUGGUGUGUCUGCAGUUCAGGCUCGGUCGUCCGAGAUGUCAGGAAGCCAGAGUCUUCCCAGCUCGACCGGAUGGAAGAGCACAGGAGACGGCCCAGCCUUUACGUUUCCUGGUCAGAGUCUGGAGGGGAUGGAUCCUGUUGCACAUAGUCAAGUAGUCGAACGACAAAGUUCGUGUAGCAGUGGAGGUCAGACGCCGACGGGACCAUUCAUGCACUCUCAUCAGCAAGACCCAAUGUUUGGGUCGGUAAAUCAGUACGCGAUGUACGGGUAUUCGCACGGAUUGCAGCCAAUGGCGAACGAGCGUUCGAGAGAGCAGGCGGUGGCACUGGCCGGACCCGGCUCGACGACAACUGCGGUGAUUUCCACGAGCGGUGGGAGAGGCAGCCCAACGUUUCAAGGAAUGCAGCGUGCCGUCAAUCACAAGGAUCAACGAGCGAUGCUUCCACAAGGCGUGUACUCACCGCCGCACAGUGGAACGAUGUCCUACAUGUCGCCGCACGACGAGAGUUACGCCCCGCGUACGCAGUAUGAGCACCAAAUGCCGUCGCAGCCGCAAUCUGUCAUCACCGGCUAUCCGACUCACAUGUAUGCUGAUCCCUAUUGCACGUCGAUGCCGCUGCAGCACCAGGAGUCGUCGCAUCAACAGCACCGACACGCAUACUCGAGCAUCGCGAGCGGGCAUCCGAUGCAGCACGACCCGACCAUGCCUUACGGGUCGUCACACGAGACUGCUCAUAUUCGAGGUCAUAUGAUGCCGCAGUCCGCUCAUCAGCUGGUGCAUCCUCCCAAGGGCAUGAUGUAUGGUGUUGGAUUGAGGUAUCCGCCAACACCAUCAACGCCUGUUGAAUGUGAUCCACCAGGUGGUUGGAGUUCAGCUCAUCAGCGACCUCCGCCAAUGGGAACAGUUAUAUAUAAGCCGAGUGGUCCACCACAGAGUUUUGCGUCGCUUGAGGACGAUAGUUUUGAUUUUAUCAAAGACUCACUCGAUUCGGGUUCGUUCGCUUUGCAGCACUCGAACAUGGUGGGGAUGCCUCGGCCGGACUCGAUGAUUUCGGAACACCAGACGACUCCGAUUGCUUGUCCGACUACUCACAACGAUCCACACAUUCCGGAUCAAUCGAUGAUGCCUUCGGAAUACGGUUUUGCAAACUCGUCGUACUCAGCGGGACUAUCACCGGACAUGCUGGUUCAUGACAUCGCCGAUCCUCAGCAGAUGAAGAUUCACAAAGUGACGAAUUCGUGUAUGGACCGAUCGAAGUCGUCGGACCAGGACUCGGCGAUUGGACGGCCAUCGGGUAGAACGGUGAAGCGGAGACGUGGCGGGCAGUUGGACGAGAUGCACUUGGACGUCGAGGACUCGCAUCGUGUUACGAAACUGGUGAAAGAACAGGAGAGACGAAAUGCAAACAAUGCAAGAGAAAGAAUUCGAGUGAAAGAUAUUAAUGAGGCGUUCAAGGAGUUGGGACGAAUGUGUGCUGUUCAUUUGCAGACCGAUAAGGCACAGACAAAGUUGAAUAUCUUGCAUCAGGCAGUUUCGCUCAUUACGAGCCUCGAGGGUCAAGUCAGAGAGCGAAAUCUCAAUCCGAAAGCGGCUUGUCUGAAGCGUCGCGAGGAGGAGAGAGAGCAGACGUCGUCGCGGUCCGACAGCGGGGCGGACGUCCCACGUAAAGUCGGUGGGUCAACAACGUCGAUGGCUCGGAUGGUGGGAUCUCUCGGGUCUCCGGUUGAUAAACUAAGUUCGAAUAGCAUCGGCAGUCCGAAGGAAACCGACUUCCUCGUCAGUCCGGUCUCGUCGAUGUAGCACCCAAGAGAUGGUCGCCUCCUCCCUGAUAUGUACAAUACGGAAUUGCAUGGACACAUGGACACACGAAAGAGAGAGAGAGCAGACACAAACUGAAUGUGUGACGUCAUAGAAGAGAUAUGUGUAUGUAUUAGACUGCAUCCUAUUGACUGGCUGGCGGGCCACGAGUCGUGCAAUAGUAUCGUGAAGUUUUUCUAUUUCCCCGAGAUGUGUCGGGCGGCAAAGCCACAUUUUAUUCCUCAGUAUGUCGGAGAAGACUCGACGAGUCACAUGACUUGUUGGAGCAUACUGUCGUACUGAACACUAAUGAUUGGGUGGUAACAUAAUACGGUAAAUAAGUAUUGCUCACUGGUAGGUUUUUCUAAUAGUUGGUCUGGUGCUGGUUUUCUGUUGCCGUGGCAGGCUGUUUGAUGAAGUGUUCUGGUUUGGUUGUGGGACGUUUUCGUAGGAUUCGCUUUAAUUGUCGUCUGUACUGUUGAUCAGGCAGAUGGAGUGGAUACAUGAAGCCCUGUAGUGGCUGAUUAUAUUGUAAAUAUAGAUGCUAGUGGUAGUGA